CACGCUCUUUUAUCCGCCCUUCGUCAAAGUGCACUUACAUGCUUAGGCUGAGAAUUGGGGCAGUGCCCUGUCUGAUUACGAAUUCUGACUCAGGAAGAUCCACUGAAUCAGUGAAAGAAUCGGUGCAAACCAGCGGAGUGGUUCAGGAGUAAAACACGGACAGUAGCUGUCAAACCUCAGUCAUAUAGAUAGAUAAUAUCUCUACAAAAUAAUCUUCUAAACUUUUUAUUAGCGUUCAGUCUGGAAGAAAUCAGCUGCUUCACUUCAUCACUGGCGACCUUACUUACACGCAGCGCACUAAUCUAACUUUAGAGCCUGGGUUAGCUGGAGUUGAACUCACCAGUUUUUACAUAAGCUUCCAGUAAUUUUUGCAUACAGAUCUUCACCAGCUUCUGUGUGAGUGAGAAGAGCAUGGCAGGUCUCUGGAGAUCUUACCAGUUAUUAAUGGCCAGACGUCCAUGGACUGUGCAAAUCUUAACAGCUGGCUCUCUGGUGGGAGUGGGUGAUGUUAUUUCCCAGCAGCUGAUCGAGAGAAGAGGCCUUUCAAAUCACUGUGUAAAACGCACUGCUAAGAUGAUGAGCAUUGGUUUCUUCUUUGUUGGACCAGUUGUUGGAGGAUGGUACAAAGUACUAGACCAACUUAUCACCGGAGGGACCAAACAAGCUGCACUAAAGAAAAUGCUGGUUGAUCAGGUGUGCUUUGCUCCUUGUUUUCUUGCCACCUUCCUAGGAAUCUCUGGAACUCUCAAUGGUCUGACUGUGGAAGAGAAUGUGGCUAAGCUCCAGAGGGAUUAUGUGGAUGCCUUGAUUUCCAAUUACUAUUUAUGGCCAGCUGUUCAGAUUGCUAAUUUUUAUUUUAUCCCACUUCACCACAGAUUGGCAGUGGUCCAGGUUGUUGCUGUGGUUUGGAAUUCUUACCUUUCUUGGAAAGCUAAUAAAUUAUAGUUUUGUUUUCCAUGCUCUAAGCUCUGCAUAUACAGUAAAAUAAAUAUUUGCUAAAGUGGCUAAAAUUAACUUUAAAGCAGAAACUGUCAAAUAUAUAUUCAGUGUUUACAAAUUAUUUGAUAUUACAUAACCUGUAUUUUUGCUGUAAUAUUUGCAAUUAAAUAAAUGUUAUGAUUUGUG